AUGCCGAGCAUGGCCCGAUUCGGUCGGGCCAAGAAAACGCCAAAAGCAGUAGCCAACAAUGCUAACUCGGACAUGCUUGUAUCGUCUACGUCAGAUCCUCCGCGACGGUCCCCUCGUGUUAGUCUACCACAUGUGGAAACGCAACUGAAUAUGCAUCAAUACAGUGGUCUUUUCGAUCUCGACUCCCCGGAACGUCUGAAGGCCGUGGAGUCCUCUGCAGAGUCGAUUAACUCGCAUUCCUCGAACACCCGAACAAAUGGCUCAACACUUACGAACAGUGACUCAAUGACAACGGAAUGGUCUUCGGCAGUCGGUCACGCAGCCACGGGCAAGUCCGGUCGUGUCAUACAUAAUCUACAGGAGGAUAUUGCCCGCUUGACGCGAGAGUGCAGUGUUUAUCGUUCCCGGGCAGAAGAAACACAGCGCAUGAACGAUGCUUUCAAGACUCAGGUACAAAACAUGACGGAACGUCUCCGGAACCUGGAGCAGGCACACGAGACGAACCUACAUUCGAUCUCGCGCAAAGAUAAGAAAAUCGAGGAGUUACGCGCAGAGGUGCAGAGCGAAAAGGAUAGACGACUGCGAGCAGAGACGGAGACGAAAAAGUUCCAUCAAUUGAUGGAUGAAAGCCGUGAUGAUUUCAAUCGGAAAUGCGCGGAGUUGCAGGAGAUCGCCAACCAUGCUCGGACCCAGUAUGACGUGCUUGCUAAAGCUGGACAACGUGAGCGGGCAGAUCAACAAAGGAGGGUGAAGGCGAUUCGCGAUGAGAUCGAUGCUCUAAAAACACGACAAGAAGAAAAGAGUCUGCACCUUGAGCGCUUGGAUACUGUGAUGGCCCAGAAAAAUCGUGAGAUUGAGAUUGGCCGAGAAAAUUUUGACAAGCUCUUUGAGGUGUAUGAGUCCUAUAAAAAAGCCCAUGAUGAAGAAGUCCACACACUCGUUGAGAGGGGUCGCCAGGGUGAUGCCAACUUGAGCGCAGCUUUGGCUUCAUUGAAGGAAACUGAAGAUCGGAUGAAAUGGGCAAUCCAGGUCAAGAACGAGGUCAAAGGUGCCAAUUAA